UCCUGUCCCCUCCCUCCCCGCGCUUCCGGCGGCCCGGCGCAUCCUGUCGGCGGCUGGAUGCGCGCCCGUGGCCGGGCCGGUGUGUGUGCGCGCCUCGGCAGAGGGUCUCUAAAACCGAUGUCUGUGAGCUUGCCUCCUGACACCAACCAGCCUCUAUUUCCUGGACGAGCCCGCCGCCCAGGGCGUGCCAGAGCAGGAUCCCGAGUGACCGGAUGCCGUGAGGCGGGCCAGAUGCCAGCGCCGCUUUCCCAAAAGAUCGGACAAAAAAAACUGCAACUAGCAGAAUCACAGCAGCAGCAGAUCCCUAAAGACAGGCCACCCUCAUCCCUGGGCCUACAGCGGAGCAUCUACUUCUCCAGUCCAGAGGAUCACCCUGCCCGGCUGGGACCAGAGUUUUUUGACCAGCCAGCGGUCACCCUGGCCCGUGCAUUUCUGGGACAGGUCCUUGUCCGGCGACUUGCUGAUGGAACAGAACUCCGUGGACGCAUUGUAGAGACUGAGGCAUACUUGGGGCCAGAAGAUGAAGCUGCUCACUCAAGGGGUGGCCGGCAGACUCCCCGAAACCGUGGCAUGUUCAUGAAACCUGGGACCCUGUAUGUGUACAUCAUCUAUGGCAUGUACUUCUGCUUGAAUGUCUCCAGUCAAGGGGCUGGGGCUUGUGUCCUGUUACGAGCACUAGAGCCCCUGGAGGGCCUGGACACCAUGCGGCAGCUUCGCAGCACCCUCCGGAAAAGCACUGUCAGCCGUACCCUCAAGGACCGUGAGCUCUGUAGUGGCCCCUCCAAGCUGUGCCAGGCCCUGGCCAUUGAUAAGAGCUUUGACCAGCGAGACCUGACCCAAGAUGAGGCUGUGUGGCUGGAGCAUGGCCCCCUGGCGACAGGCAGCCCAGCUGUGGUGGCAGCAGCUCGCAUAGGCAUUGGUCAUGCAGGGGAGUGGACCCAGAAGCCACUUCGCUUCUAUGUCCAGGGCAGCCCAUGGGUCAGUGUGGUAGACAGAGUGGCUGAACAGAUGUGUCAGCCUCAGCAAACAGCCUGAUGGGCUUUUUUAUUGUUUAAAAGUAGAAUAAAAAUCUUAUUUGUGGGGAACUGUCCAAGUCUCAGCCAGAA